UCCCAACGAAACAAAAUGGCGUCUCUACAUUGUUUGCUGUCCUGUCUUUUGGAAAAUCCAGCCCUCUUGUUGACUGGAAUCAUCGUCGUGAUCAUUUCUGUUUUGCUAGAACGGUUUGGAAUCAUCUAUCAACUUUUCCACAAGGUGGAAAAAAAUGCAGGCCGUCAUGGUGGAGAACUUGUGGCCAGUGUACUCCAGAAACAUGGCGUGCAGUACCUGUUUACAUUAACAGGGGGCCACAUUUCCCCAAUCCUUGUGGCCUGUGAGAAGGUUGGCAUCAGGGUGGUGGACACCAGGCAUGAGGUCACAGCUGUAUUUGCUGCUGAUGCUGUGGCCAGGUUGUCAGGUACUGUGGGAGUAGCAGCAGUUACAGCUGGCCCAGGCCUGACCAACACAAUCACAGCUGUGAAGAAUGCCCAGAUGGCAGAGUCUCCACUCCUGCUGAUAGGGGGAGCUGCUGCAACCUUGUUGAAGGGUCGUGGAGCUUUACAGGACAUAGACCAAAUGUGCCUCUUCAAGCCUCUGUGCAAGUUUGUUGCUUCAGUCUCCAAAGUGAGGGAAAUUGUGCCCACAGUAAGGAAGGCUCUUGCCAUUGCCCAGUCUGGAACUCCAGGCCCGGUGUUUGUGGAGUUUCCUAUUGACACCCUCUACCCAUACUCCCUGGUCGAGAAGGAGAUUGGCAUGAAGAGCACUUCAAAAUCUUUGGGGCAGAAGAUUGUCAACUGGUAUUUACAAAACCACUUGAACAACUUGUUUGCUGGUGCUUGGGAAGGGAGGGACUUAACUCCAUUGCCAGUCAAUAUUCCACAAGCAUCCUCUUCACAGAUCCAAAGCUGUGUGGAGCUGAUUAGCAAGGCCAAGAAGCCCCUAAUCCUGCUGGGCAGCCAAGCUACCCUUCCACCCACCCCUGUGGAAGAUAUCAGGAAGGCCUUGGAAACCAUGGGUAUCCCAUGCUUCCUUGGGGGUAUGGCAAGGGGCAUGCUGGGAAGGAACAACCCUCUUCAUAUCAGACAGAAAAGGAGGGAUGCCUUGAAGGAGGCUGAUGUAGUUAUCCUGGCAGGCACAGUUUGUGACUUUCGCCUUUCCUACGGCCGGGUGCUGAAGGGCAGCUCCAAGAUCAUUGCAGUGAACCGUGACAAGAGCCAGCUGUACAAGAACUCAGACAUGUUCUGGAAGCCAACCAUUGCCAUUCAGGGGGAUCCUGGCAGCCUGCUGCUGGCUUUAAGCCAAGGGCUGAAGGGCUUCAGCUGUGAUAAGAGCUGGCCACAGAUGCUGAAGGAACGAGAUGUGGAGAAGGAGAAGGACAAUAGCAAAAUGGCUGGGCAGAUCACAGAUCUCCACCUGAACCCACUGAAGGUGCUGCACUGUUUGGAGGAGCAGAUUGAUGACAACAGCAUCUUGGUUGCAGACGGUGGCGACUUUGUGGGGAGUGCUGCAUACAUUGUUCGCCCUCGUGGUCCACUGAGAUGGCUGGACCCUGGGGCUUUUGGCACCCUUGGUGUCGGAGGAGGGUUUGCUCUGGGUGCAAAACUGUGCCGGCCUGAAUCAGAGGUGUGGAUUAUCUAUGGAGAUGGCUCCCUUGGUUACAGUGUGGCAGAGUUUGACACAUUCAGCCGCCAUGACUUGCCUGUCAUUGCUGUUGUGGGUAAUGAUGCCUGUUGGACACAGAUAGCGCGGGAACAGGUGCCCAUAUUUGGAAGCAACGUAGCGUGUGGCCUGGAGUUCUGUGACUACCAGCAGGUGGCAGAGGGGUACGGAGGCAGGGGCUUCCGGAUGGACCGGACCAAUGAGGAUAAGAUGGAGGAAAUCUUCAAGCAGGCCAAACAACUUGCUAGAGAUGGACAUCCUGUGCUGCUGAACGUGCUGAUUGGGAAAACCAAAUUCAGAGAAGGAUCCAUAUCUGUGUAAGCUUUGGCCUGCCAGUAGCACGUCUUUGUUUUCCAUGAUUGUUCUUUUACAGUAAAUCAAUUACUAAAACCUAAAAUUGACAAUCUUUUACAUGGUACAUGGAAAAAAUACUGCUCGAGCAGGAUGCUUGACUCCCAAAAAAUUCAGUAUCUGAUGCCUAGGGCAUAGGAAAUAGGACAUUUAGUUGUGAUUUCCGU